AUGAACAACAACACGACGUGCACGUGGCAAAUCGUCCACAUCCCUGACAAACCACCAAUCCCACCUAACCAGCAACCCACCGUGGAUGUGUUUGCUUCAGUUAUUGAGCCAAAGUGUGCUAAUAUUCUUAUAAGGUUAGACACUCCCGCUUCGCGUUUAAAUCAGAUAGCUCCAUUUGAAAAUCUACGCCAUGUCAAGCGGAUUCGAAAAAAUCAUCUGGAAGGAGUGCUUUCUUUGACAGGAAAAACUCAGCUUUCAGUAAUUUUAUGUCUUGUUUCUGAGGAUAACAGUCAGUUGAACAGCUUGCCACAAGAUGUACAAGAGCUAAGCAAUUCCUACCAGUUUGCAAAUAUGCUGCAACAUCUAAAGAAGAGUGGGAAGAACAGUGCAAGCUAUGGCCAACCUCAUAUCAUCCACCUACCUAGUAACAAUAUUGAUGGCAUUACUGGAUUCAGUGAAGAGGAUUCACUUUCAGUUUUCAGCUUCAUGAAAGUGGCUAUUGAGUUGGCAAAAUCUGGUGAUGGUUCGAUCAUCAAUGCUGCAGUUAUAGUGGAUCCAUCAGUUCAGCAGAUCAUUACAAAUGGACAUGAUCAAAUCUUCUCAUGGCAUGCUUACGCAAACAAGACUUGCAUCAGAAAUGACUGCAUCGAGCAGUCCAUGACCCUUAGUUCUCAUCAGUCUAAUGGAGUAGCAAGCCUUGUAACAGCAGUGCUUCCAAAUACUUCACCUAGUAAACCUGAAAGUCUGUCUUAUGCUGUGUCUUGUUUAAACCCUUGGAAGUGGCCUGAGCAUCGAUUAGACACAGCUAAUUCUUGUUACUGGCACCCUUUACGACAUGCUGCUAUUGUUGCUAUUGAAUCUUCUGCUGACAGGGACAGACGCCUGUUCCCUGGUUUGGGAGAUACUGAAGAGAAGUCCUUUGAAACUUCACAAUCUUCUUAUGUUGGUUCCCUAGCGAAAAGACAUAAGACGGGUGUUGCAAAUGUCAAGGAGAAGGAAUCAGAUCCUCUUACAAUACCUUCAAAUUCUGUAUCAGAAAGACCUUAUCUAUGCACUGGUUGUGACAUCUAUCUUGUUUGGGAGCCAUGUAUAAUGUGUGCAAUGGCACUUGUUCAUCAGAGAAUUAGACGGAUAUUUUAUGCUUUCCCCAAUCCAAAUGUUGGUGCAUUGGGCAGUGUUCACAGACUACAAGGGGAGAAAAGCUUAAAUCAUCAUUAUGCUGUAUUCAGAGUCUGUGUUCCUGAAGAAGUUCUUGGUAAGGUUGGAAGCAUCAAGAGCCGCUGA